AUGUCGCAAUCAAUGAGUUCGCCAAUCUCUGCUUCUGCAUCACUUGAACUUAUGCGACCAACAACUAGUGGUUCCGAAAAUCACUAUAUUAAACAAAAAAAAGUCUUUGAAAGAUUUGCUUCAGUAGAGAAAGAUGGUCAAAAAUAUAUGAAUCAAGAUGAUUUUAUUUCUGCUAUAGCACCAGGAGAAGAUUAUAAAAAAAUUCAAAAGGAACAAUUCGGAAUAUUAUUCGGAAUAGCUGAUAAAGAUAAAAAAGGAUUAAUAUCUUUUCAGAACUUUGUAAUUUUUGAAAAUUUAAUUUUAAAACCGGAUGCUGAAUAUGAAAUCGCUUUUAGAUUAUUUGAUGUGGAAGGAAAAGGAAUGAUUACUAUGGAUCAGUUUAAAAAGAUUUUAUUUUCAAAUGUCACUUCAGAUAGUGUACCAUUCGACUUCGAUUGUGAAUGGUUAAAAUUAUAUGUUGGUAGAGAUCCUGGGAGAAAACAUGAAUUGGCAUAUGAAGAGUUCACUCAAUUAUUAAAAGGAUUACAAGCAGAGCGACUUAGGCAAGAAUUUAAAUUUUAUGAUAAAGAAGGUAGUGGAUAUAUUACACCUGAUAAUUUUAAAAAAAUCAUUCUUUCUAUAGCGAGACAUAAAAUUUCCGAUUAUGUUACUGAGCAACUACCUACUUUAUGUAAUAUUUAUGCUGGAAACAAGAUUAAUUAUGCAAGUGUUGUAGCUUUUCAUAAUAUCGUGCGACAAAUGGACAUGGUGGAAAGAAUUGUUCAUAAAGCUAUUUCUGAAAGUAGUGAUGGAAAAAUUACCAAAAAUGAUUUUCUUAAUACUGCUUCAAGAGAAACAAGAUUUUCUCUAUUUACUCCAUUAGAAGCCGAUAUUAUCUUUCAUUUUGCUGGCUUAGGAAAUCCAUCAGGAAGGUUAUCAAGACGUGAUUUUGCCCAACUUUUAGAUCCUAAAUGGGAACGACGAGAGACCCCAACUGUUAAGAAACAAACAAAGAAACAUACUGGAAUUGGAUGGGAGAUAUUACAUCAAAUUUAUUCUUUUGCCUUAGGAUCAGUAGCUGGUGCCGUGGGUGCAACAGUUGUUUACCCUAUCGAUCUCGUUAAGACUCGAAUGCAAAAUCAAAGAUCUAGGGUGGUAGGUGAAUUGCUAUAUAGAAAUAGUAUAGAUUGUUUUCAAAAGGUAGUAAAAAAUGAAGGUAUAAAGGGUCUUUACAGUGGCCUCGGCCCCCAGUUGGUGGGUGUAGCACCGGAAAAGGCUAUAAAGUUGACUGUAAAUGACCUUAUGCGAUCCCUACUUAAAAAUAAAGACACUGGCUUUAUUCCCUUACAUUAUGAAAUUAUUUCAGGUGGAGUGGCCGGAGGCUGUCAAGUUAUCUUUACAAAUCCCUUAGAAAUUGUAAAGAUUCGUCUCCAAAUUCAAGGUGAAAUUGCAAAAAAUGUAGAUAUACCACGUAAAUCUGCAGUGCAAAUUGUAAAGGAACUUGGUCUCUUUGGUCUUUAUAGAGGCGCAAGUGCAUGUUUGCUCCGAGACAUUCCCUUCUCUGGAAUAUAUUUCUCAACAUAUGCCCACAUAAAAAAGGACUUCUUUGGUGAAACCCCAGAUAAAAAAUGUAGUAUAGUUGAACUUUUGAUUGCUGGUGCUGCUGCAGGAAUGCCAGCAGCGUACUUAACAACACCAGCAGACGUAAUCAAAACUCGUCUACAAGUUGAAACUCGUAAAGGUCAAACAAGUUAUAAUGGUAUAUUUGAUGCUUGUAAAAAAAUUUUUCGUGAGGAGGGUUUUGCAGCAUUUUACAAAGGUGGUGCAGCACGUGUAUUUAGAUCCUCUCCGCAAUUUGGUACAACAUUAAUGGUUUAUGAACUAUUACAAAGAUUGAUUCCAUGGUCAAGUUCCGAAGAACAAGUGGGAAAAGUUGUUUCAGCUGUUACUGAUACUGGUGACCUUGGAUAUUUGAAAAGUAGAAACGCAUUAAAGAUCUUAUUGGACUUGGAUUAUAAAUUUGGAGUAGUACCAAAAAAUGUUAAUAUUCCUAUACCAGCUUAA